AUGUUUCAUAAACAAUAUUCUUUUCUUUUUUUCUUUUUUUUCUUUCUUUCUUUGAUUUCCUUCUCUCUGCUUCUCUUAUUUUCUUUCUUUCGAUCUUUCUUUUCUUUUUGUCUUUCUGUUAUUACGCCAUUACCUUUUUACUUUUAUUUCAUUAUAUUUAUCUCUUUUCCUUCAUUUCUACUUUUUUUUCUUUAUUUCUCGCCUUCAUUCAUUCUUCCUCUCUUUCUUUCUCUUUCCUUCUUUCUUUCAUUUUUCUUUCUUCUUUCUUCCUUUCUUUCUGUUUCUGGUCUUUUCUUUCUUUCUUUUUUCUUUCUUUCUAUUUCCUUUCUCUCUUUCUUUCUUUCUUUCUUUCUUUUUUCUUUCUUUCUUUCUUUUUUCUUUCUUUCUUUCUUUUUUUCUAAUUCUGGUCUUUACUUUCUUUCUUUCUUCUUUCUUUUUUCUUUCUUUAUUUCUUUGUUCUUUUUCUUUUUUUCUUUCUUUCUAUUUCUGGUCUUUCUUUUCUCUCUUUCUUUCUUCUUUCUUUCUUUCUUUCUUUUUUCUUUCUUUCUUUCUAAUUCUGAUCUUUACUUUAUUUCUUCUUUCUUUCUUUUUUCUUUAUUUUAUUUCUUUGUUCUUUUUUUCUUUCUUUCUAUUUCUGGUCUUUCCUUUCUCUCUUUCUUUCUUUCUUUCUUUCUUUCUUUUUUCUUUCUUUCUUUCUUUCUUUCUAAUACUAGUCUUUACUUUCUUUCUUUUUUUUCUUUUUUUCUUUCUUUUUUCCUCUUCUGUUCUUUCUUUCUUUCCUUCUUUAUAAUUCUAUUCUUUCUUUCUUUCUUUCUUUCUUUCUUUCUUUCUUUCUUUCUUUCUGUCUUUGUAUCUUUCUUUAUUUCUUUGAUUCUUUUUCUUUCUUUCUUUCUUUCUUUCUUUCUUUCUUUCUUUCUUUCUUUAAUAUACGCCUUUAUUUUCUCCUUCCUUCCAUUCCUACCUUCCAUUUUAUCUUCAGUUUGUUUGAGUCAGUCUUGA